UGUUGAUGGGGUGGAAAGAAAACAAAACUGAUAAGAAAGUUGGUGUAGCAAGCUCAGCAGAAUAAAGAGGAAGGUUUUAUGCUGUUGUUUACCAAGCCGUUGCUGUUGGGCCUGGGGUGAAAUGCAUCAUGUCAUGGUGAGGUGCAGAUGGCAUGCUUUAAAAAAAUAGCUGUGGGGCUAGCCUUGUAAAUACAGCCAGGCUGGAUUUUCCAAAGCAGCUGUGUGCUGAGCAGGGCUCUGCUGCAGGUGCAGUGUGUGCUGCUUGGCCUUGCUCCUCCUUUUCAGGAUGUAGAAACCCCAGGGUUUUCCUGCUCGAGGGUCUUCUAAGCCAUCUCAUCCUGGGUGAAAUUGAACGACUUGAAAAUGGAUCCAUCUUCUCCUGUGUUACCAGCAAACAUUUUAGAACAAACUGCCUUGCGGCUAGGAUGCAGUCCCACAGACAAGGAACUUGCUUUUCACUUAGAUGAAGAAGAUGAGUUAAAACAUCUUCGUCAAUGUUUCUUUAUCCCAAAAGUCAAGGAUCUGCCUCCAACUGAUCUGAGCCUGGCAAAUGGAGAGGAAAGCUGCAUAUACUUCAUUGGGAAUUCUCUUGGGCUCCAGCCAAGAAAAGUUAAAACUUACUUGGAUGAAGAACUGGACAAAUGGGCUCGAACAGGUGUCCAUGGCCAUUUCAAUGGUCAGCGCCCAUGGGCUUUGGCAGACGAGUGCCUCGUGGACCUGAUGGCUAAGCUGGUUGGGGCUCAAAGGCAUGAAGUAGCUUUAAUGAAUGGGCUAACUGUUAACUUGCAUCUCCUGAUGUUAUCUUUCUUUAAGCCUACUCCAAGACGCUAUAAAAUUCUUCUAGAAGCCAGAGCCUUUCCCUCUGACCAUUAUGCAGUUGAGUCCCAACUUCGACUUCACGGACUCGACGUGGAGAAAUCCAUGCUCAUGAUACAGCCACGGGAGGGGGAGGAGACCUUGAGGAUUGAAGAUAUCCUUGCUGUAAUUGAGAAGGAAGGGGACUCUGUUGCUGUCAUUCUGUUCAGUGGGGUGCAGUACUACACGGGGCAGUUGUUUGACAUCCCUAGAAUAACAAAGGCUGGCCAAGAAAAGGGUUGCUUUGUUGGAUUUGACUUGGCUCAUGCUGUUGGGAAUGUAGAGCUUCAUUUGCAUGACUGGGGAGUAGAUUUUGCCUGCUGGUGCUCCUACAAGUAUUUAAAUUCUGGAGCAGGAGGCCUAGCUGCUGCCUACAUUCAUGAGAAGCAUUCCCAGAGUAUUAAACCAGCGCUAAUUGGCUGGUGGGGUCAUGAAUUCAAAACACGAUUCCUCAUGGACAACAAAUUACAACUAAGUAAAGGAAUUAAUGGAUUUCGGUUAUCGAAUCCUCCGAUUUUACUGGUCUGUGCUCUGCAAGCUAGUUUAGAGGUUUUUGGUCAAACGACAAUGAAAGCAUUGAGGAGGAAAUCUAUUCUACUCACUGGUUACUUGGAAUACCUGAUAAAACAUUACUUCAGUGAGGACAAAACAAAUCCAGAGAAGCCCUUUGUAAAAAUAAUCACGCCGUCUCAGAUUGAGGAGAGAGGAUGCCAACUCACACUGUCUUUUUCCCUUCCGAUCAAAUUUGUGUUUGAAGAGCUGGAGAAGAGAGGGGUAGCUUGUGACAUGCGAGAACCAAAUGCUCUUCGUGUUGCCCCAGUUCCUCUCUACAAUUCUUUCCGUGAUGUGCACAGAUUUAUUGAAAUCCUGGGAUCUGCAAUUACAUCUUCAAAACAAACAGCAAACAAUACUGCGCUAUCUGCUUCUUAUUGAUGGCUCAGCUGUAUCUUUUAAUCUAUUCCUGACUAAGAUACAUUUAUCCUGCCGAGCGAUUCUUUGCUUCAAGUAGACUGAGCUAUAUCCCAUGCAAUUUGCAAAAAAAUGACUGUGCUUGAAUAGUUAUUUACAACAGACAUAGUUUUAUUAAAGCUCAUAUUUUCACUCUGCUUUGACUUUGACUUCAUGAAUUAGUAUGCUUUGUAUAUUUUAAUGGGGCUUUUCUUAAACAUUUUAUGUAGUUUUAUUGCAUUAGCUUUCAGAAGCAUGGAAGAAUUGCUGUCAACUAGAACAGGAAUGAAAAAAAUAUCCCUUCUUUAUUAUAAAAAUGAUGCAUAAUAAAAGUGGAAAAUAGACAA